GGAACACGCGCAAGGGCGGGGAUUCGCGCUGCCAAUGAGGCCCCGGUGUGGGCCGUGCGAGGCUGGGGGACGGGCCGGAGCGCAGCCUUCGCUGUGGCAGCUGCGGGAGCAGUGGCCGCGCCGGGAGCCGGAGGAGAGGCAGCCGCGGACCGUGGAGCUGGCCGCGCCCCGAGGCCCGGCCCUGGGGUGGGGAACCGCGCCGUGGAGUUGGAAACUUUCCCGCAGUUUUCUUUCUAGCUUUCUGUGGCUGACUUGUCCAGAGGAGCUUUCUGGGUGCCCCCUCCCCUGCCCCGAGUGAGACCGCCUCUCUCUGUUGCAAGCACGCAGAGUCUGGGGUAAGGCAAGAAGCAAAAGAGUGUUGAAAAUGUUAAAAGCUGUGCUGAAGAAGAGUCGAGAGGGAGGAAAGGGGAGCAAGAAGGAAACAGGAGGUGACUUUGGUCCCGAGACUUCUCCCCAAGUCCUGCCCCCUGGCCAUGGUAGCGACUUUUCUGUGAGCAGCCUUCCUGUAGCAGAGGACACGUACAGGGUGAGCUUGGCCAAAGGUGUCUCCAUGUCUCUGCCUUCGUCACCUCUGCUGCCUCGACAGUCUCACUCGGUGCCAUCAAGAUCAAAUAAAAAAUCCCCAGGUCCCGUCAGGAAGCCCAAGUAUGUGGAAAGCCCCAGAGUGCCUGGAGAUGCAGUUAUAAUCCCGUUCCGAGAAGUGUCCAAGGCAGCAGAGCCCAAUGAGAAUGAAGCAAAGGCCGAUAAUGAACCGAGCUGUUCGCCGGCCGCUCAAGAGCUGUUGACAAGGCUGGGAUUUUUACUGGGAGAAGGGAUCCCAAGUGCCACACACAUAACCAUUGAAGAAAACAAUGAGACCAUGUGCACAGCUCUGAGCCAAGGCAUCAGUCCUUGCUCCACACUAACAAGCAGCACCGCAUCUCCUAGCACCGAUAGCCCCUGCUCAACCUUGAAUAGCUGUGUCAGCAAGACGGCAGCCAACAAAAGUCCCUGUGAGACCAUUAGCAGCCCUAGUUCCACCCUGGAAAGCAAGGACAGUGGAAUUAUAGCCACAAUUACAAGUUCAUCCGAAAAUGAUGACCGGAGUGGCUCCAGUUUGGAAUGGAAUAAGGACGGAAGCCUAAGGUUAGGGGUACAGAAAGGAGUGCUUCAUGAUCGCAGGGCAGAUAAUUGCUCCCCAGUGGCAGAAGAGGAGCCCCCUGGGUCAGCGGAGAGCGUGCUGCCCAAAACUGAAGCCUCAGUUGGAGAUGGUCCGGUCCCUUAUUCUCAGAGCUCCAACUCGCUAGUAAUGCCACGGCCCAACUCAGUUGCAGCGACAAGCUCAACCAAGUUGGAAGAUCUGAGUUAUUUAGACGGGCAGAGAAAUGCCCCUCUUCGAACAUCAAUUAGAUUGCCGUGGCACAAUACAGCCGGAGGUAGGGCACAGGAAGUUAAAGCACGAUUUGCUCCCUACAAGCCACAGGACAUUUUGUUGAAACCGCUAUUGUUUGAAGUACCAAGCAUAACAACAGACUCUGUGUUUGUGGGAAGGGAUUGGCUCUUUCACCAGAUAGAAGAAAACUUGAGGAACACAGANUCUCUGCCUUCAGAUUCCGCCCAGGAUCUUCCUUUCACCCCACUGCUUUCACCGAGUUCUUCUGCAGGUGUGAGCAACACGGCAAAGACACUGUCUGGGUCUGUGUCUGAUGCUCCUGAGAGCCAGAGACCACGAGAGGAUGCAGUGAAGUACCUUGCUUCUAAGGUCGUGGCCUACCACUACUGCCAAGCUGACAACACGUACACGUGCUUGGUGCCCGAGUUCGUGCACAGCAUCGCGGCUCUGCUGUGCCGGGCCCAUCAGCUGGCUGCCUACAGGGACCUGCUGAUAAAGGAGCCCCAGCUCCAGAGCAUGCUGAGCCUCAGGUCCUGCGUGCAGGACCCGGUGGCCGCCUUCAGGAGGGGAGUGCUGGAACCGCUCACAAGCCUAAGAAAUGAGCAGAAAAUUCCUGAAGAAGAAUACAUUAUCUUGAUAGAUGGCUUAAACGAAGCUGAAUUUCAUAAGCCUGACUAUGGAGAUACACUUUCUUCAUUUAUUACCAAAAUUAUUUCUAAAUUUCCUGCCUGGCUGAAGUUGAUUGUGACUGUAAGAGCAAAUUUUCAGGAGAUCGUAAGCACGCUGCCAUUUGUCAAGCUUUCCUUGGAUGACUUCCCGGACAACAAAGACAUUCACAGUGACCUGCACGCCUAUGUCCAGCACAGGGUCCACAGCAGCCAGGACAUCCUCAGCAACAUCUCCCUGAACGGCAAGGCCGACGCCGCCCUGAUCGGGAAAGUGAGCAGCCACCUGGUGCUGCGGAGCCUCGGUUCCUACCUGUACCUCAAGCUCACCCUGGACCUCUUCCAGAGGGGACACUUGGUCAUCAAAAGUGCCAGCUACAAGGUGGUGCCCGUGUCGCUGUCCGAGCUCUACCUGCUGCAGUGCAACAUGAAGUUCAUGACCCAGUCUGCCUUCGAGAGAGCGCUUCCGAUUUUGAACGUGGCGCUCGCGUCCCUCCACCCCAUGACAGACGAGCAGAUCUUCCAGGCUAUUAAUGCGGGCCACAUCCAAGGGGAGCAGGGAUGGGAGGACUUCCAGCAGAGGAUGGAGGCGCUCUCCUGCUUCCUCAUUAAGAGGCGAGACAAAACCCGCAUGUUCUGUCACCCGUCCUUCAGGGAGUGGCUUGUUUGGAGAGCAGACGGUGAGAACACAGCCUUCCUGUGCGAGCCCAGGAAUGGACACGCUCUCCUGGCCUUCAUGUUCUCUCGACAAGAGGGCAAGCUGAACCGCCAGCAGACCAUGGAGCUUGGCCACCACAUACUGAAGGCACACAUUUUCAAGGGCCUCAGUAAGAAGACAGGAAUCUCUUCGAGCCACCUCCAAGCUCUGUGGAUCGGGUACAGCACCGAGGGGCUGUCUGCUGCCCUCGCCUCUCUCAGGAACCUCUACACUCCCAACGUGAAGGUGAGCCGUCUCCUGAUUUUGGGAGGGGCCAACGUGAACUAUAGGACAGAAGUGUUAAAUAAUGCCCCAAUCCUGUGCGUCCAGUCCCACCUCGGCCAUGAGGAAGUGGUCACUCUGCUCCUGGAAUUCGGCGCCUGCCUGGAGGGAAUGUCAGAGAAUGGCAUGACCGCCCUCUGCUACGCUGCAGCUGCUGGCCACAUGAAGCUGGUGUGUCUGCUGGCCAAGAAGGGGGCGAGGGUGGACCACUUGGACAAGAAAGGCCAGUGCGCGCUGGUGCACAGCGCACUGAGGGGCCACAGCGACAUUCUCCGGUACCUGCUGACCUGUGAGUGGUUGGCAGGCCCUCCCCAGCCGGGCGCACUGAGGAAGAGCCAAGCCCUGCAGCAGGCGCUGACGGCGGCCGCCAGCAUGGGCCACAGCUCGGUGGUCCAGUGCUUGCUGGGGCUGGAGAAGGAACACGAAAUAGACGUCAAUGGCACUGACGCGCUGUGGGGAGAAACAGCCCUGACUGCCGCUGCCGGAAGAGGCAAGCUGGAGGUCUGCGAGCUGCUGCUGGAGCACGGAGCUGCUGUGUCUCGGACUAACAGGAGAGGGGUCCCACCUUUGUUUUGUGCAGCACGCCAGGGGCAUUGGCAGAUUGUUAGAUUGCUUUUGGACCGCGGCUGUGAUGUGAGCCUAAGUGACAAGCAGGGCCGCACGCCCCUCAUGGUGGCCGCUUGUGAAGGACACUUGAGCACCGUGGAAUUUCUCCUCUCAAAAGGUGCCGCCCUUUCUUCUCUGGACAAAGAGGGUCUGUCGGCAUUAAGCUGGGCUUGUCUGAAAGGUCACAGAGCAGUGGUCCAGUUUCUGGUUGAGGAAGGAGCCGAGAUAGACCAGACGGACAAGAACGGCCGCACUCCCUUGGACCUGGCCGCCUUCUACGGCGACGCGGAGACCGUGCUGUAUCUGGUUGAGAAGGGAGCCGUGAUUGAGCACGUGGACCACAGCGGCAUGCGCCCCUUGGACAGAGCCAUUGGUUGUCGAAACACAUCUGUAGUGGUUACACUGCUGAGAAAAGGAGCCAAAUUAGGAAAUGCUGCCUGGGCGAUGGCUACUUCCAAACCUGAUAUUUUGAUUAUACUUUUACAGAAAUUGAUGGAGGAAGGAAACAUGAUGUACAAAAAAGGGAAGAUGAAAGAGGCAGCCCAGAGGUACCAGUAUGCCUUAAGGAAGUUUCCCCGAGAAGGAUUUGGAGAGGACAUGAGGCCGUUCAAUGAACUCAGAGUUUCCCUCUAUCUAAAUUUGUCUCGCUGCCGAAGAAAAACAAAUGACUUUGGCAUGGCAGAAGAAUUUGCUUCCAAGGCUCUUGAACUGAAACCAAAGUCCUAUGAAGCCUUUUAUGCCAGGGCAAGGGCGAAGAGAAAUAGCAGGCAGUUUGCGGCGGCCCUGGCUGACCUGCGGGAAGCUGUGAAACUCUGUCCCACCAAUCAGGAAAUCAAGAGGCUCCUGGCCCGCGUGGAGGAGGAAUGCAAGCAACUCCAGAGGAGCCAACAGCAGAAACAGCAGUGCCCGCCGCCAGCCCCGCCCAACGAUUCCGAUAACGAAGAGGACACCCCGACCCCUGGCCUGAACGACCACUUCCCUCUCGAGGAGGCUGAAGAAGAAGAAAGUUCCUCACCGGAAGAGUCCAUUUCUCCGACGCCCAGGUCUCAGCCAUCCUCCUGCAUCCCCUCGCCGUACAUCCGAAGCCUUCAGGAAGGUCUGCAGUCCAAAGUCAGGCCGGUAUCCCCGCAGAGCAGGCCGGGAGUGGGUAAGCCCCUGCGGGAGGCCGUGGCUGCGCCGGGCCUGGUGCUGCAGCCCACCCGGCAGGCGCAGAUCGUGAAGACCAACCACCAUCUGGGGUCCGGACAGCCAGGCGUGCGAAGCGGCAGCACGAAGAUGCCGGGCUCUGCCCAGAAUCCUGCCCCGAGUCCUCUGGCGGGGGGGAUCGCGGCCGCUGCCGCCGGCGGCAGAAACCCGCGUCUGGAGGGAACGGGCGCUCUGACUGGGGGAGCCGGUCCUGGCCAUUUUGGAGAGCGCCUGGGCCCCGGCCACGGUGCGCAGCUGCCGCGCGGCGAGGGUGCUGCCUACCCCCUACCGAGCAAGAGAAAAACUGCAGAGACGCUGCCUUCUCACGCCCUCAUCGCUGUGGAUGUGGCUCCGUUCAGCCAGGGCGGGCCAGGGAGCUGUGGCGACGUGCGACAUCCAGCCUCCCUCGCCAGCUCGGGCUCUUCUGGGUCCCCGUCUGGCAGCAUAAAGAUGUCAAGCUCAACCAGCAGUUUGACUUCGAGCAGCAGUUUUUCAGAUGGCUUCAAAGUGCAAGGACCGGACGUUCGAAUUAAAGACAAGGUGGUUAACCCGGGUCAGAGCGGGACGGCCGAGCACAGGCCGCGCAAUACUCCGUUCAUGGGCAUCAUGGAUAAGACUGCCAGGUUCCAGCAGCAGAGCAAUCCUCCAAACCGCACCUGGCACUGUCAGGUGCCAGAGGGGCUGCUGACAAACGCGUCCUCUGCAGCUGGCCUGCAGUCCUUGAACUCGGAGAAGCCCCCUCUCAAACAAGCAGGAGGAUAUACUGGCCAAGCCAAAACCUGCUCUGUUUCUACCCUGGGUGGAAGUGUCCACAAUGGGGCACAGGCGAAGGAGCUAGAAGAGAAGAAAUGCCAAAUUCCAGUCCACUGUCAGGAUAACAGGAUCGCUAAGACUGUUUCUCAUCUGUAUCAGGAAAGUCUCUCUCAGCAGCAGCCUCAUGUCAGUAACGAAGCCCACAGGAGUCACCUCCCUUCAGCAAAACCAAAGCGAUCAUUCAUAGAGUCCAAUGUGUGAGCCUUAUGAGAACCGUAUGUGGGAUGGGAAAACAGUGUGCUAGCUCCUUUGGUAAUUAAAGGUUUUUUCAUGAGAAAAAUUACCUGUUAGCCAUGUUUUGUUUUUUCUUUUUUCCUUUGGGGUGGAUCAGAUGCCAUUGAUAUAUUUAGAAUGUGGGAUAAAAUUUCUUUGAUAAAUAGCUAGGAAUCACCAUAAAUAAAAAUGCUAACCAGAAUUAAAAACUAUAAUUAGUUAUGCCUACUCAGUUAAACAUUUAAGACCGCCAAGAAGACAUUAACUCAUGCUUUUCUCUUAUGAAAUUGUUUGGUUUUUAUCACUUUUCUCCUAGCCUUUGCUAUGUGGUAAAAUCAUAAUAUUUCUUAGAGAAUGUAAAUGUCUAGUGAUAGGUCUAACUCAUGGCGUAAUACCCAGAUAAUGUAUUCUGAAAAGAUGGAAUUUUCAAGUUUCAGUUCCAUUAAGUCAAAUCCCAAUUUUUAUAUAUAAAUAUAUAAAAGUUUCUAGCUGAACAUAAGUGUGACUAUAAAUGUUAUACAGCUGAUUUUUUGUUUUUUUUUUAAGGCAAAAGUACGAGAACAUCCAAGUAUUAUUCCCUGAGUAGUAGUUCCCUUAAAAGGAUUAAACGUUUAGUUCCAUGUUAUGGUUCUCACUAAAAAUAUUUUUAUAGCACCUUUUUUGGAACUAUAUUCCCACUUCAAGGUGUUUUUAAUGUUUGGAAACCGUAUAAGCCAUUUGGAAUCACGAUUGGUGUUUUAGGCUAACGGUGGAUUUAGGCUAAAAUACUAAGGAUAUAGCACUCUUUGUGAUACGUAAAUUAGCUCUCAAUUGGUUCCCAAACUACUUUUAACAAUGACAGCACUCCUGGGACAGGCGUUCCAAGGUCCUUGAAGGUAUUGAGUUUGAAUAGUUAAGGUAUGGUUGUUGCUUUUGUUUCUUACACAAUCAUGACUUGAUAGUCACAUGUUGUACAUAUUAAAUAGCCAAGUUGUAUUCAGACUUGUAAAUAUAACUAUUCCAAGUAGUUAAUCAUAAAAAAACUCAUAUAUUUGCAUGUUCUUUGUAAGCUUCCUUCCUGUUGGUUAUUGCACUGAAUGAUAUAUUAUUAUGGCAUGUUAACAGUAUACCAGUAACAGCACUUUAUCUCAUUUAUAUGAACACCUCUGAGGUGCUACUUAAGUCCAAACUGAUGUAUUAUUCAUUUGUAAAGAUAAGGUACAGGAAUGAACCUUGGCUUAAAGGUAUUUUUAUAUGAAAAUGGUGUGCUAUUGGAGGGUGUGAAAAUGCUAAUUUGAGAGAGGUGGGAGUAUAGUUGUUUUAUAUGUUGGGAUGUGAAAUUUAUUUUCUAGAAUGGGGAGAAGGAAGUUCUAUAUUUACAGAAUGUUUUAAAAAUGAAUAGUUGUAAAGUUCUUGUGAGCAUCGUUAUGGUUUUGUAUGAAUAGGAAGUCUUCUCGUGUCAUUCUUCAACCCUUGUUCCUGAGUGUGUAAGUGUACUUUGUACAGCUUUAUCAUUUUUAUAGGCUUCCCAUGAGUUCUGCUACAAGUACUAUGGCUUAUUUAUUGUUCAUUGUUUUCUUUAAUAUUUGUGAAAGUCUUACUCUUUUGUUAUGUAGUUUUGUUUCUGCACAACUACUGUACUUUUCCGUAUGGAAUAAAGAAUAUUAAUA